CCUCAUAAAAACCACUUAAAAACAGUCCUCCCAUUUCCCGUGCAAGUUAACCUUUCCGGCGCACGUUAAUUCCUCUGCAUAGGAACACCGGAGUACUCACUGCUCACUCUCUUCUCUCUCUCUCCACCACUUCUCUUCUCCCCUCCCCAAAAUUCCGGCAAUGGAGUCUCGCGUUCUCACCGGCGCCACCAUCCGCGGCCUCUCACUCCCCUCGAAGCCCGCGGCGAGGCUCGCCGGAAACAGCAGCUUCCCCACGGUGAGGCUCACCGGAAAACUCAGCGACGGCGGGAACCUGAUAUGCGGAAGGCAGCUCCGCCCCGCGAUCCUCCUGGAAGCUUCUCCCGUGGCGACCGCAUUUUGUUCUCCGGUGAAGAAGAGGGACAACCUCCGCCCUUGCCUCGCCGCCGCUUCUUCGCCGGCCGGCAGUAGCGAUUCCUCCGGGGGCGCCAAAGUCGGGUUCCUCGAGAAAUACCCUGCCCUCGUCACCGGGUUCUUCUUCUUCAUGUGGUAUUUUCUCAACGUGAUUUUCAACAUCCUCAACAAGAAGAUCUACAAUUACUUCCCUUAUCCCUAUUUCGUAUCGGUCAUACAUUUGUUUGUUGGUGUUGUCUACUGCUUGCUGAGCUGGUCCGUCAGCCUCCCGAAACGAGCCCCGAUUGAUUCGAACCUGUUGAAGCUGUUGAUCCCGGUGGCUGCUUGCCAUGCUUUGGGCCACGUAACUAGCAACGUUUCGUUUGCUGCAGUUGCAGUCUCGUUCACUCACACCAUCAAAGCACUCGAGCCUUUCUUCAACGCUGCGGCUUCACAAUUCGUUCUCGGACAGUCGAUUCCGAUAACUCUAUGGCUGUCAUUGGCUCCAGUUGUCAUCGGUGUGUCGAUGGCAUCGUUAACCGAGCUGUCGUUCAAUUGGCUGGGAUUCGUCAGCGCUAUGAUUUCCAACAUCUCGUUCACUUACAGGAGCAUAUAUUCCAAGAAAGCUAUGACUGAUAUGGACAGCACCAACUUGUAUGCUUACAUUUCGAUUAUCGCUCUCAUCGUCUGUAUUCCUCCUGCCUUAAUUAUUGAAGGGCCUCAACUAUUGAAAUAUGGGUUUAGUGAUGCAAUUGCUAAAGUGGGCUUAACAAAGUUCAUCACUGAUCUUUUCUGGGUUGGAAUGUUUUACCAUCUCUACAAUCAGCUUGCAACGAACACACUCGAGAGAGUGGCCCCACUCACCCAUGCUGUUGGAAAUGUGUUGAAGCGUGUCUUUGUCAUCGGCUUCUCAAUCUUGGCCUUCGGUAAUAAGAUCUCGUUGCAAACUGGUAUCGGUACUUCCAUUGCAAUAUUUGGAGUUGCAAUGUACUCCUUCAUCAAGGCUCGGUUGGAAGAAGAGAAACGACAAGGAAAAGCAGCUUGAGUACUGAUGCUCUGCUGGGAGAAGAAGUAUUAUGAGUUCUAAAUGCGACCAUUCCUCGUUUAUGUAAUAAGUUCUUUCGAUAUUCAAUUUCUUUUUAAUUUAAAUUUCUGAUUUAUGUACGUCCUUUCCUUCGUUCGAUUCGAGAUGACUGUAAUAAUUCGCGAUUUCCUCAUGCGGUCGACAUUUUGAUCGGAUUAAUUUCGAGGGUCGAAGUUGUGAAUAGUGUCAUUUUCUGUGGGAACAAAUCUGUUACAAAUUUCCUUGCAUCAUGCCAUUGUUUACUUUCUUGUCGG